AUGGCACUAGCACUGCAGAGUGUUCCCCGGCGUUCUAGCCGGGACGGUCCUGUAGACGGGGAGGCUGAUGUUGCCAAGCCCAGCUUUCGACGACCGCGACAUGCGUUUGGGAACAGGCACUUGCUGGCCUUUCGAAAGAACCAAUUCUCAGAGUUGGUUGAGAGGACCGUCGAUGCGCUGAAGAGCAACCUAGUUGAGGCGUCUUUGCAGGAUGUGCAGAAUGUGCUGGCCAAAAUCCGAAGGCAAUUCGACGAGGUUCGCUGUGAAGCUGACAGGAAGGAAGCCGAGCUGGUCACCCUCCGCCAAGAGAUUCGUUUCUGGGAAUCGGAGGCAAAGCCUCCCGAGGAGCAGGAUCACUACAACGGCUUUGUUCGGAAGUCCGUCGUGGAGAAGCUUGGCCAGGCUUCGACCGAGCUGGACCAAGCUCUCGAGACGCAGAAAGUCUACCAGCACAUGGUUGAGAGGUUGCUGCGGGAGCAACGAAUCCUGGAGCAGAAGGUGCUGAUGAUGGAGAACUAUCUGGACCGGAAGACACGAGAGGUCGAAGCCAAGCAGCACUUCAGCCGCCGCAUCAAUGAAGACAAGGUGGAACAGAUUGUCAAGUUGGAGAUGCUUGAGCAGGACAUGGAUUUGGAACGCACAGUGCGCACAGCCGCGAUGAGUGACCUGUCGGCGGCCGUUGAAAGGCGCCGUCACGAUGUCAACGAGGCUGAGUACUUCGAAACCUGGCGGUACGAAGCUGCACUCGAGGCCGCAACUGAAGCCUUUGAGGCAACGGCUGGGCGCUACAGGAAGAUCUACGCCAUCGAAAAGCUCACAGGCAACUGCUUGCAACGUCUUACUUUCGAUCAAGCAGAACAAAGCCAGGCAACCGAGGACGGAUUUCAACGCAUCCGAGAAGUGACUGGCUUGACCGAUGUUAUGGAGAUCGUGCAAAAAUUCCUGCACCGCGAAGAUGAGCACGAGCAGUUGAAAACUACUGUCAGAGAAGCGGAAGCCCGGCUCCACCAACUGCGUGAGGAGGAGGCCCGCAAUCCGCAAUGGCUCGCUAUGGCACCGUUCGCUGACAGCGUGAGCCGAG